AACCCUAAUGAGGAGCAGAGGGUCUUCUUUGCACUGAUUUGUUGUCUGUUAGAGGCCGAAGCUAAACUCAAACCUUUCAUGUCCAGACAGUCAGUCUAUUUGAUGAUUGCUUACUGUGAUGGCAAAAGUAAACUCACCAGAUCCACAAAUUAGGGAGUGAUAAACUCAUCUAUCACCGUUGCCGGGGUGACAGUAUCCAAAUAUGUGCUGUAGCCUGGCAACAGUGCCCAAACAAAAGGCUCGCGGCUAUAGCGGGCUGAUUUUCCUGGCUGGUAAAAAUGAGUCGACCGGGCAGCAGCCUUAAUGAAAAAAGGGUCAAGCUAAAUGAAGACCCGGGAGGUGAUCUCUCCGUGUUUACCAAAGCUCUCACCGCAGCAGAGAGUCCUGAAACACGGCUACUGUCCGCUUUCAACAAGGACCCUCACGCCAGGAAGGCUUACCUGGCAGGGAGAGAGUAUUACAGCGAGGAAGGGAAGACCUUUGAACUGCGUCUUGUUAGAAGAAUAAAGCAACAGCUGAGUGCUGAUCCCACUACUCGUCCGGAGUAUCCAUCUUCUCUUGGUCUGACAGAAUUCACCAGGCGAGCCACAGAGGUCGCUUUGGGGAAGAGCUCUCGGGCUAUAGUGGAGAACCGGGUGUUCGGUGUCCAAACUCCUGGUUUUACCGCUGCUGUGCGUCUUGGGGCUGAACUGUUGAGACACUGGUAUAAUGUUGGUGCGGAUUGGUGUGGGCCGGUCUAUCUCUCUUCCCCCUGUCACGACUCAUUGGCUGGUAUCUUCCAGGCAGCGGGCAUCCCAGAUAUCCGCGAGUAUUAUUACUGGGAUGACGAGCAGCGGGGCAUUUGUUUGGAGAAGCUUCUGAAGGAUUUGGGAAAGGCUCCAGAGCGAAGUGUUGUUGUUCUGUCAGCGUCUGCCCACUAUCCCACCGGAGCAGACCUCUCUCAGAAUCAAUGGGCCAUGAUUACAAAGCUCGUCAUGAGGCGUAGGCUUUUCCCUUUCCUCUUGCUGCCUGCCCAGGCGCUCUGCUAUGGCGACUUAGAGCGGGAUGCCUGGCCUGUUCAGUACUGUGCCUCGCAAGGGAUGGAGCUCCUCUGUGCUCAGUCAUUCUCCCACUGCUUUGGAUUAUAUGGUGAGGCUGUUGGACACCUCUUGUGCGUCCUAAAGCAGAACUCCCUCCUGUUAUCUGUGCAGCGUCAGGCUGACAAAAUAGUCCGGUCACUGUGGGCCCAGCCAUCUGUAGGAGGAGCACAGGUCGUCGCCACGGUGCUCAGUAACCCUGCCCAUCUGGUUGAAUGGAAGCAAGAAUUAAAGAGCAUUGUGGAGAGAUGUAUGCUGAUCAGAGAGGUUUUGAGAGAAAGGCUGAGGCUUUUGGGAACUCCAGGUUGCUGGAACCACCUAACUCAACAAGGUGGACUCUACUGUUUCACAGGCUUGAAUGGUGAGCAGGUAGAAUUUCUGUCCAAGAGGAGACACGUGUACCUGCUCCCCGUUGGCUGUCUAAACGUGAGUGCAAUCAACGGUCGAAACUUGGACUAUAUAGCCGAGUCCAUCCACCUGGCUGUGACCACUUCAAUCUGACAAUGAGGCUUUUAAUCAAGCUCUGAAAUCUGUCUCAGGGGAGCCUGACUGAAACGCUCAUUUAGAUGUGUCACAUUCAAACGCUCAGUUUAAAGAUCACUGUAAUUACUAUUGCAAGUCUGGCUAUUGCAAAAUAAAUACUGGUAGACAUUCAGAAAAAUGUAGGGGAAAAUGCAAUUGCUCAUUGAAUUUCCGCUGAUGUUUCAUGACAGAGGUGCAAUCAUUAUUACAGAGACUAUUAGUAACAGAGAC